AUGGAACUCAACAUGCAGAAUAUGGUAGAAGAAUUGCUGACUAUGGUAGAAGCAUCAUAUAGAGAUCCGUUUGAAGAAUUUCUGAAUGAUCUGAUGAAAGCUUCAGAUAAUUCUCAACAAGAGUCGCCAGAAAAUGUAGUUCCAAUAUUUCCUGAUGAUAAUACGGCAAAUUUGGUGAAAGAUAAGGCAGAAAAGGAGGAGGACACGGUAGAUCGAUUUUUGAAGGCUAUAGUAAACAUGUCAUCAAAUGAGAUAGCAGGUGAACUUUCUGAGAACUUGAUAAAAAUGAUGUCUGAUCCCACCGAAAACCUUUUGAGAAGUCUGGAAGAGUUAUCAUUUCGUGAAAAGUCAGACCAAGACAAUAAUAAUUCAUCUCUGAAUGAUUUAUUAAAAGAAACACAUUGGGUAGAUACACAGAAGAGAUCAUGGAAAAAUGCAACCAAAAAACUACCAGAAGAUAGAUUGAAAACGAUGAUGGAAGAUACUGCAGAAUUUGGAGAAGUACCUCUGUCAGCAGAUUCACUACAAAAAUUAACAGAAGAUGCGAUAGGUAUAUCGUCGGAAGAUGAUUCGGAUGAUUCGAUAAAUGUAUUAAUGUAUGAUGUUCCAAGCGAAGAUCUCUGGAAAGAGUGGACAAAGUUACCUGCCUAUGAAUCCUCAGAAGAAAUAAUGAAUGAAUCGUUUUUAAGUGAUGCUUCUACAGAAGCGGAACUCGAAGAGAGCAAAGGAUCAGAGGAAGAUGUAACGAAAACAUUAUCCGAUGACACUUUGAUCACAAUGGAAAAGAAAAAUUCAGUAAGUUGCCAAGUUCGAGAAUCUUCGAGAAAACUGCUCGAUAAACCAUACAGUCAGGAAAUCCACUGCUCACGACGAAUUGUUAUGAAUGAAGCCAUUUGUUAG